GAAUGUUUGAACUCAGCAUCACUGUGUGGUUGGCUGGCAGCAGCUGACUAGCAUAAGCUCGCAUCCCCUGGUGGAAGCGGUUUUGUGCAGGCUAGUGAGAAAGCCGCAACAUGGGGAACGAUAAGUACAUGCUCUGUACGUUCUUACUAUGAAAUUCGUCUAUUUUUAUUUGAGAAAAUUCAAAAGGAACAACUGACUUCCAGAUUUUAGGACGAUGGAAAUUUAACGGCGAUGAAAUUCUCUGCUUCGACCGCUAUAGACGUUGACACCAAGAAACAAUUUCCUUAGGUUAUUCACCCGGAAUAAAGCUGUUCUCUGGACAGGCUACACCGGCCUGUGCAGACUCUCUCAGCCAUGGCUCUGGUUACUUUGCAGCGCUCCCCUACCCCAAGCGCUGCAUCCACAGCCAGCACAACCACCACCAACGUGGGGGAGGACUUUGGGAGUGAUGAUGAGCGCCGGCUAAAUCAGAGCCUGAGCGAGAGCUUCUUCAUGGUGAAGGGUGCCGCCCUCUUCCUGCAGCAGGGCAGCAGUCCUCAGGACCAGAAAGCACAUCCCCACCACAAACAUGCAGGAGACUUACCUCAGCACCUGCAGGUGAUGAUCAACAUUCUUCGCUCGGAGGACCGAAUCAAACUGGCGGUGCGGCUGGAGAGUGCCUGGUCAGACAGAGUGCGUUACAUGGUGGUGGUGUACACCAGCGGACGACAGGACACAGAGGAGAACAUCCUGCUGGGCAUAGACUUCAGCGACAAGGACAGUAAAAGCUGCUCCGUUGGCAUGGUGCUGCCUCUGUGGAGUGACACCAAGAUCCAUCUGGAUGGAGACGGGGGUUUCAGUGUGAAUACAGUGAGCCGGAAUCAUGUCUUCAAACCUGUGUCUGUACAGGCCAUGUGGUCGGCUCUGCAGAUCCUCCACAAGGUGUGUGAGGUGUCCCGCAGGUACAACUACUUCCCCGGGGGAAUGGCCCUCACCUGGAUGGGUUACUAUGAGAGCUGCAUCGCCUCAGAGCAGAGCUGCAUCAACGAGUGGAACGCUAUGAGAGACCUGGAGACCUUGCGGCCUGACUCUCCCACCAUGUUUGUCGACAAGCCCACAGAAAGGGAGCGGACAGAGUGCCUUAUCAAAGCCAAACUCCGUAGCAUCAUGAUGUUCCAGGACCUGGAGAACGUCACCUCUAAACAGAUCCGGACGGAGCUGGAGCAGCAUAUGAGCUGUAACCUGAUGCAGUACAAGGAGUUCAUCGACAACGAGAUGCUGCUGAUCCUGGGCCAGAUGGACAAGGCAACACUCAUAUUUGACCACCUCUAUCUGGGAUCUGAAUGGAAUGCCUCCAAUCUGGAAGAGCUUCAGGACACUGGGGUGGGCUAUAUCCUCAACGUCACCAGGGAGAUAGAUAACUUCUUCCCAGGAACAUUCUCCUACCACAACAUACGGGUCUAUGAUGAGGAGACGACAGACCUGCUGGCCCACUGGAACGAGACAUACAACUUCAUAGUUAAAGCAAAGAAGAACCACUCCAAGUGUCUGGUCCACUGUAAGAUGGGUGUCAGCCGCUCGGCCUCCACCGUUAUUGCUUACGCCAUGAAGGAGUAUGGUUGGUCACUGGAGAAGGCCUUCAACUUUGUCAAGCAGAAGAGAAGCAUCACACGGCCCAACACAGGCUUCAUGAGACAGCUGGCUGAGUACGAGGGCAUCCUGGAUGCCAGUAAGCAGCGUCACAACAAGCUGUGGCGUCCUGACCGCCCCGACCCAGACUGUGACCUCCAUGAGGGACUGCAGGCCCAGUGCUGUGGGGGGGAGUACCCAGCGAACCGGACCCCUGAGCCGGGGAUGUCCCCCUGCUAUGAGGAGGCUCUUGAGGAGAAGGGGGCGGCAUGUCCCCUUUCCCCCUGCAGGAUGAUCAGUCUGGAGGUGGACCCCGCCUACAACAACUACUACUUCCGCAGGCUGUCUGACUCGGCCCUGGACAGUGACCCCUCCACGCCGGUGCGCGCUCCGCCCCUCCUGGACAUGGAGCGGGUCUUCAUAGAGAUUGAGGACGUGGAGCGUGACGCCCUGCUGGAUGACGAGGCCUUUGAGGGGCGGGAGGGCCUGCCGCUGCCACACUUUGGGCUGGCUGGGGUGGGGACGGCGGCCCAGACCUCUUGCCGAGGACCAGAGCCCCUGGAAGAGCUGCGCCUGCGUCUGGAGUUCAGCACUGUAGAGGAGGAGGAUGAGGAGGAGGUUCAGAAAGAUGAAGCAGAGAUGGAGGCGUUGGCACAGCCAGGAGGAAGAGUGGGGAGUGCAGGAGGAGGUGAUGGUGAUGGAGAGGUGGAGAUGGUUCAGGAAGAGGAGGGAGAGAAGGAGGGCAAUGGGCUGGACCUGGUAACCCUGAACCAGAACUCCAACAAUAACAACCACUUUAAUACCCUGUCCAGCCUCAAUGACACUGCUCCUUCCAAACCCGCUCACCCAGUCAAGCCUUCAGCCCUCUCGCGAUCAGACAACAAGCCCAGCCAUAACAUGGAUUCACUGACCCAGGAUUCUGAUCUCUGCCUUAACCCCACACACCUCCCCAGUGUGCCCAGUGUCUCUGUGGAGGUCCCAAGUGCCACUCUCCCUCUCCCACUUACCUCCCCCGACACACCCUGUUCCCCCAGCCUGCUGCACCCCUGUGGCCCUCUGUGUGACUGUGCCAACUGUGCUGCUCUGCCCUCUACACCUCUGCCUGAUGCCCAGGACUCCCCCUGCUCUCUGACAUCUGAGGACAUGGUUGGUGAGGCCAAGGGUGAGGAAGGGAAGCUUUUAGGGGUCUCUGAGCCUCUACCUGUCCCAGAGCUGCUGGGACUGAGCCUGGAGGAGAAGAGGCCGGCGGUGGCCUGCUACGUGGCCCAGCAGCAGGAGACUCUAGUGCAGCUACAGAGGUCAGGGCUGGUCCGCCGAAGGGCAGAGAGGCUGGAGAGGCUGUCAGGUCUGUCCCAGGAGGGGCUUCAUUCCUUGGAGCCUCUAGACAGCCCCCACUCAGGAGCCAGAGAGGGUCCCAGUCCUGUGGAGGUAGAGUUCUCAGCCUUCCCAGAAGACUUCCCCAAGUCCUCCACACCAUGCCCAGUGCCCCUGGAGCUGCUGGUGGUUCCUCUGACUAACGAGGUCCUGCUGGGUGCAGUGGGGUCUGGGGGGCUGACGCCCAACUCUUCCCCCCAUGGCUCCACACUGACACGUAGCUCCAGCAGUGACAGCAUCCGCAGCGUCAGGGGCAAACCCGGCCUGGUGCGCCAGAGGGCUCAGGAGAUCGAGACCCGCAUGCGGCUGGCCGGCCUCACCGUGCCCUCAAGCCUCAAACGCUCAAACUCACUGGCCAAACUGGGCAGUCUCAACUUCUCGGCUGAAGACCUGUGCUCCGUCUGCUCCUCGGAUGCAGGCACCCUCCUGCUCCUCUCUCUUUCCCCAGAGCCAGGCCUAGAAUGGGAGUGCCCCUCCACCUCUUCCUCCGCCCAGCCCAGAGCACACAGGGACCAGACCACCCCAGAGAGAGCACUGUCCGGGGGUCCCAGGAGCUGACAGGAAGGAUGGAGGGACACUCCUCCACCCAUCCCUCCAUCCCCCACUCUGAGCUGGGGAGGGUCACACAGAUUUUGGAGAGGGGAGAGGGACAGUCUUAAAAAACAAAUGUGUAUAUAGAAUUAUACAUGUAUAAAUAAACAUUUGAAUAAUAUAAAUAUAUAUUAAUAUAAAUCCACAUCAUAUUUAAGGAAAAAUUAACAGAAUCCAAAUAUUAUACCAUAAUCCAGAUGGUAUCUUGGUUAAAGCCUGCUCGGUAUCUUGGUUAAAGGCUGUUCUUGCAUGGAGCGCAAUGAAUGUGUGUGUAAAGAUGAACCUCAUACAGAAGACCUGGUCUCCAUCAGGACUUAAAGUGGUUUUCAUGUCUGGUCCUCUGCCUUUCUAGCUGUCCAGAGAUCAGAGUUACAGCUUUAUCAUCAUCAUAAUCAUUAUCAUAUUAUCAUCAUAAUCAUUAUCAUCACCAUCAUAUACCCUGCCUUUCACAAGCAGAUACAUUUUGUUUUUAUCACAGACUUUAUCAUCACAAUUUGUUGUUUACUUUGCCAUUGGUUAAUGUUAAUUGUGGUGUAUAUUGAUGAAGUGCUGCCUUAGCCAGAGUUGAUCAUCAGAUGAUACUGGUUUUGCACUAUCAUUGGGUAUAGUGCUCCCGAAGUUUCACCAUGUGCUGAAAACAAAGGGGAGAAGUGGGUGUAGUUGUCUGUGUUGUAUUUGUCACUGCUGUCUUGGGUUCAGUAAGCAGUAUGAGACGCACAUAGACUGUAAACUUGUCAUAACACAAACAGCACCAUUAAUUCGGUGUGCAUCAUGUAUUUUGGAGAGAUGUCGUGAUAGGUCAAAUGUAUGUGACAUCAUCAUAUCGGGUAUGCUAAAACGUUUUCUUCUUCUUGUCACCUCAGUGUUAAUGACAAUCCUUUACAGGUUAGAGGCUGUUACCAACGAUGUGAUAUUAGAAAUGUAUUUAAAAAAUCAUACAAGCAUAGAGUCUAGCUCCUCUGCUUCUGAGCCUGCAUUGUAUUUUGGUAUUUGCAUAAAAAAGUUGAUUAAUUUUGGAUGAGCCAAAUAUAUAUCAGAAAUCAUUUUCAAACAAUUCAGAUCCGAAAACAUAGAAUACAAAAACGAAAAGACCAUAGCCCCCUCCUGCAAGUACUGCAGUGUGAUUCCACUUCUGUAAGAAAAGUAAUUCCUUCAUCAUAGUCCCCUCCAUUUCUGACGCUUUCAUGGUAUAAUGUCCUCCAAGCUUCCAACAUGUCCCUGUGUCAAGACAUCCAGAUAUCAUUCCAAGAAUCUUCUGGGACCAUUCAACCUCUGUGACACCACGGUGAUGUGGUGUUUUUCAUUUUGUUCAAGUAGUUCUACAGAUCCCGCUCUUGUCAGGUGAGAAGUUCACAUGCUUUGUCAUAGAGAUCCUACAUAUCUACGGGCUGUAUGUUGUAUCUAUAUAGGAUCUCUAUGGGCUGUAUGUUGUAUCUAUAUAGGAUCUCUACAGGGCUGUAUAGUGUAUCUAUAUAGGAUCUUUAUGGGCAGUAUGUUGUAUCUAUAUAGGAUCUCUACGGGCUGUGUGUUGUAUCUAUAUAGGAUCUCUACGGGCUGUGUGUUGUAUCUAUAUAGGAUCUCUAUGGGCUGUAUGUUGUAUCUAUAUAGGAUCUCUACGGGCUGUAUGUUGUAUGCAGGGUAGUCCGUAGUUGUCUGGUUUAUAGUCUUAAUAGGGUUGUCUCCUGAGCCCCCCAUACUGUACCUGGACUCUCACCUGAGAUUCAACAACAGUAAAGUACAUUGAGAAUGAUAUGAUGACACAGCCAAAGGGGCUGGAGAAAAGCCACUCCCUUUACAACAUCUUGCAGUUCCUUUCUACCCUCCCUUCCCAACAUGGAUUAGCCUGUGUCUAGGCCUGGAUUUACCCGUGUAGUUGUACAGGUCCUUUCUGAGACUGGCUACACUGAACGCUAAUCUUAUUAGGGGUUCAAGUAUCGAAGCUGAGAGAAACCCUGUUGUAUUUGUUGGGGUUCAUUGUUAUACCGGUUCUUUCCGCAAGGAAAAUGAACAUGCAAAUUCCUGUGUGAUGGUAAGGCUGAGGAGGGUACAAUUUGGCAUGAUGGGAAAGGCCCAUAGUCCACACCGUCUCAUGCAAUGCCAUGCCAGGGUCUCAUGGUGAAGCUAUAUCAAACGCUUAAAAUUUCAUAUUUUGAAAGGUCAUGCCCCUUAUCCCAUGUGACCUAGAGUCCGGAAAUUCAGUACACAGGUUUCUCUCCUCACAUGGAACAAAUUUUCCUCAAGAUCCCAUAAGGUCCGCUAUGAUGGAUUUUCUGCCAUUUUAGAAUUUUUUGAAAAACACUUAAAUUAAAUCUCCUCCGGAACCACUGGGCCGAUCAGGUUGAAACUUGAAUUAUAGCAUCUAUGGACCAAGGUCUCUCAACGCAAUAUUUUCCUGGCUAGCAUCUGAAAGAACACGGACCAAUAAACAUUCAAGUGGGCGUGACCUGGCACAUAAAUGCAUAAAAAUCUGACACGGUUAUUCGUAUUGUAACAACUUGCUAUACAUGUUCAAAACCCUGUCUGGACUUAACGUAUGCAAGCACAUUUAAAUCGACCACACAGUGGCUAUAAUGGGCACAUAUUUAUAUCUCUUGAUCUGUUUGACUUAGUCAUGAAAUUUGGCACACAUGCUCAGGGAGGCGAGUCUAGCUAACCUGUAGAGUAUGGUUCUAUUUGGCCGCAUGGAGGCGCUGUUGGACAUGAGAAAUAAUACAUGCGAGCUCAUUGGCUUAGCGGCCAUAUUGUUUGAGCUAGAGUCUUAUUUGAAGACAUGUCUAUAGAUGCUAAAUACCAAAUUUGGUGCUGAUCGGUUCAGCGGUUCUGGAGAAGAUGUUUAAAGUAGUCAACAUUUGAAAAGGUCCAAAAUACAUCAAAAGCAUGUUGCAUGAUCUGUUGGAUUUUGAGUUCUGAUAUUUGGAAAGCGUGGGAAGGAGUACAGAAGUGGCUCGCCCUAGGGUGACUUGUUUAAUUUGCUCUGGGGCCAUAGCUUGAACCCCGGCAUGGCUGCUUGCAGCUAUAUGUUAAACUGCUCUCGGUCAGGUUUAUAAUUUGAGCAGGGAACUCACAGGAUUCCCCACCUCCGUAACUUAUUUUUGAUCCACGAUCCUUUAUUGCAUCUGAGAACUGAGUUGUGCUGCAUAAUUUAAUUUGUGAGCAGUUGCAUUGGGAGUUGUACAAAGUCUUCUUCAGGUUCCAGAGAACGUUUUUCUCGGAGGGUCACACCAUUCACAAGAGCCAUGUGUCAUUUCACUUCCAUCAUUCUUCUUUUUCUCCCUCUUUCUGUAUCACUACUGCUGUCCUGAAAGUGUCCCGCUGACUAUUUCACAUUCUAUGUCACCCAAUUCAUUCCACUCAGCUUGUCUUCAUCCAUAAGUGAAAAGAAUAGAGGUUCUUUAUGCAACAUCUUGCUACUUUGCCAUAUGUUUUUUUACAAAAAUGUUGCAGUCAAAUAUUUUGUUUUGAAAUGAUUUUUUAAGUUCAGUAUUUGUGUUUGUGCUUGAGAGUGGUUACAUGGUUACUGUGAACUAUUUAUGAGAAGUGAAAAUAAACUUUAAACACAUGAAUAGGUUCAUAUUGCACAUGCAUUUCUCCCACACGUAUGAGAGCACAUGAAGUAUGUACUGUAUGUUAAUAUGUAUGUACAGUAAUUGAUGUUGCAGAAGAUACUGCUGUAUAGUACUGUAUGUAUGUGUCUGGUAACAUGGAGAGCACAGACUUAGUUCUUCCCAAUGACUCCAGUUCCUGUGCGGACACACACACUGUUACUGCAAGCAGUGUCCUUCCAGUUUUAAUCAGUUGUACUGUGUGUGUCUGUUUGUGUAUGUAUGUACAUAUGCUAUUUUAUUGAAAUGCUGUGUCAGAGAUGCCUGUUUCUUUUUUUAUGGUUCUAUUGGGCACAACCCAUACAGCCACUUACCGGUGAAAUCUUGAAUUGAAAGUGUCCAAUUAGCUGGCACAUUGCCUCUGUCUACCCAGGGUUCUCCCCAAAGAAUGUAAUAGAGGCGCUGUGCCACCUUGUGGACUAGCUGCGCCACUAUGUAAUAUUUAGUCUUUAAGUCAAUUAAAAAUAAUCAUAGUACUUUAUUUGUUAUCAUAUAUGAUUUUUGGGGGGGUCUAGAUUGCAGUAAAUGGCAGUUACAGGUGUUAAAAAAUGCCAAAAUUCCUGGGGCGAACCCUGCUACCAUGAUAACAUUUAUGAUGCAUUAUCAAGGAAAAGAUACUGUGUAAAUGUGUGUAUUUGGUGUGGCACACAGAAACACAGUACCUCUGUACUGUAGAGAUGGCUCUGCAAUGUUUCUCCCCAGUUUACACCCUUGCUGCUUUCAUUACAAGAUGAGGGUUUAGUUGCCGUUUUUCCUUCUCCGCUGUACAGUAGAUCUCAGAAGGCAGAACGAUGGAUUUGCUACCCAGGUGCAAGGCCAACAUCUCUGGACAGCAGGGCUGUCCUAUGGUGUGUGUGAAUGUGUGUGCAAUAAUGUAAUAUGCACACUGUUUAAAAUGUGAGUGGUAAUCUGGUCCCUUUUAAAAAUGUAUGCCAACCUCUGUUGUGGGGUGUGUUCAGUUUGGCGUCUGAUGCUGCACACAGUGCAGAUGGUGGUCCUUAGUGGUAUAUGAGUGUGUGAGCCAUUAGUCCACAUCCAUUUAGGUUUGAUUUAUGGACACACAAGUGCCUUAGCCGGGAGACCAGAGGUAUAGAGCUGUGUGUGUGUGUGUGUGUGUGUGUGUGUGUGUGGAGCUGCCAGUAUUGCAGAGGGUUUGGAUGGAAGGGUAGGGUAGAUGCAUGAUGGGACACUCUGUGGCAAGACUUCCCUUUCGCUUUAGUAGAACAAUGGCCCUGCAUUUAGUCUCAGUUCUUUCAUUGUUGUUAUUUCUAGUAAUAGACUUAGAUGUGAAACAGGAAUCUGAAACCUGGUGUUCCUUUUUUUUAACCUUCUGGUACAUUCUUUGAUUUGAAGAGGAAAAAAACUGAAUCUCCUCUUCUCUUCCUUAUCACGUUCACGUGUCCAUCAGGGUUGCCGAGACGGGAUCUUGACUCCAAACUUGUUUGUGCCCUUUAAAUGUGGAAGAAGAUCAAAGUUCUAUCCAUGGGUGUUGUCACUAAAUAGAGACACCAUUGAAGCUGUUAAAAGAUACAAAAUGAGAAUCAGAAUGUCUUUUAUUUAUGUGUGUCUGUGAUCUCUGUUACAUCUUAUGUAUUGCACUUUUGGGAGAAACAGAAGUGAUACAGUGGAAUCAUCCGCAUUGUGUCAUACCGAUAGAUGAGUGUUCCUAUCACUAAUGGUUUAUGAAGCUUCUCAUAGGCUUAAAGUCAAACCAAUUUGGCGAAGAUCACAGUGAUAGGUUGCUCCACAGAUUUUUGUUUUAUAUUGAAGUAUGCAGUCAUUUUUUUGUACUGUAAUUUUGCUGUAGUUUGAAUGCAUAUUGCACUUUUUUUUAAACAUUUGUUAAAAUAAUGUACUGUAUCUGUUUAUGAAAUUAAAUGUUUUUUCAUGCUAUCACAGUA